AGUUAAAUUAAGAAAGUGCAGAAAUCUUUAUCAGAAUCAAAAUUCCGACGCCAAAUUUUUCACAAUGAUCAGCAUUCUCGCUCAGGAGCGUUUGCUUGGUGCCGCACUCGGAACCGCGUUGACAGGGAUCGUAGUAUUUGAGCAACGGAAACAAAUCUAUGAAUCGAUUUCAGAUCAUCAAUCUCAACUCGCUUCCGAAUCUCAGAUGAAAGAGCCGAUCUUUGGAAAGAAAUCUCGCUCAGAGUUUGCACUUCUAUGGAACAAAGCUGUGGACCAGAUAUUUGUGCCAGUAAUUGAGUCCAUUAGUUCACGUCGAUGGUAGAAAUUUGAAGUAGUUUAGAGCCAACUAUUGAUGUGUCUAUUACUGCAUAUCAUUG